CUAGGUGGUGAGCCUUUCUCCUAAUUAAAGUCUUAAUUGUAUGAUAUUGUGUGAUUAAAAUCUAAUUUUCGGUAAGGUCUUGGUCUUUGUGACAUAUACGAUGUGACACAUAAAAUACACGGUGCGUAGCAUGUCAAUGUAUGCUGUGAGAAAACAUGAGUUGGUACUCGCGUCUAUGUCCGGCCUAACCAGCUUACAGGACAUACAAACUCUCAUGUAGGACCCAAACCUCUCAUGUAGGACUUCUGUAGAAUUUUCCAGCUUUUGUAGGACAACCGCAGGGCGUACGACGUAUUCUGUAGGACAUAACGUGUGUGUAGCGCCUGAGCAGCCCGCCAAUGGCUGGCACGUCGUCUGCGAGGUUCAAGGCACCAUGGAAGCUGGCCAACUUGGAGCUGCCCAUGAGCCAGGAUCCUUCAGGCGUCAUGCUAGACAUGCAGUACGAGGACGGGGAGGGCGAUGAGACCUAUAAGACGGCGUUCUUCUACCUCAAUAGGCGGCAUGAUUCGUGGAUGGGCUCUAUCUAUUCGACCAACGAGUACAUCACCGCCAUCGCUUCCUUCAUCACCAACUCUCUGGUCGUCUUGGUCUUCAUCCGGGUGCUCGGCUACAGGCGCCUGCCCAACCAGAUGAUGGUCAACAUGGCACUGUGCCAAUGUCUGACGGCCACCGCCUACUUCGUCCACUCCUCGCUGCUCAUCACCAUCAGCAAGCAGGCGGGCAGUGUGUGCGAGAGGAGCUACAAGAUUUUAUCCAUCUCGUGGGUGUUGACGUGGGCAUGCAUGUCAUGCGCAGUGGUGGAGCGGACAUUGGCCCUGAACAUGCCUAACUUCUACCAGAUCACGAUCGAGUUCAUUGGACCGGUGCUUGUAGCGACUCCCUGGCUCUACGCCAUGCUGCUCGUCGUCCUCGCGGAGUUUUUCCUCUUCCAGGCCAGUUCCGCACUCAUGGCAUCGUCUUGUCGUCUGCGCAGUCGCAGGUGUCGUCCUUAA